AUGCUUCUUCUCCGUUCUCCAUUCUUUGAUUCUUCUGUUCUUGAUCAUUUCUUGGAUGAAAUGAAUGGAUCUGUUCAAUUACCGUAUUGGAGAGAUGCUGAUCAUAAUUCAUUCAGUUUUUCGGAUACUAUUGGAGAGAUAGUGAACAACGACAACACGUUCUCCGUUCAAGUCGAUGUGUCCCAUUUCAAACCAGAAGACCUCAAAAUCCAAUUGGAUGGAAGAGAAUUGAAAAUCGAAGGAUCUCAGGAAACAAAAUCGGAUCAUGGAUUCACAAAAAGAUCCUUCUCAAAGAUGAUUCUACUUCCAGAGGAUGCUGAUUUGAGUUCCGUUAAAUCUGCCAUUUCAAAUGAGGGAAAACUUCAAAUCGAGGCUCCAAAGAAGACAAAUACUUCUCGUUCUAUCCCAUUAAUUUUGUUGCUAAACAUUGAUUUUUUUUCAUGUAUAUUUCAAUUUGUCUAG